CAGCAUACCGGAGUUGAGCUUCCUGAGUCAGACGCUGCUGCCGAGUGCCUCCAUUGCGACCCGGAAGGAAGCCUGGACUGAUCAGCUCAGCUGCUGCCUAGACUCCCUCUGUACCCAGCUGGGGAGGCCCCUGGGGCAGCCCCGGGCUCUGCCACACCAGCCCCUGAGCCGGAGCCUGCAGGCUGCAGAAUAACAUCCGUGUUUUGCUCCACAUCACUUCAUUCUACCAGGGGAAGGGAAAUGGCUGUAGUGGAGCUGGAACAGGGACUUGUGACCUUCAGAGAGGUGGCUGUGUAUUUCUCCAAGGAGGAAUGGGCUCUUCUGGACCCUGGUCAGAAAGCCCUAUACAGGGACGUCAUGCAGGACAAUUAUGAGACACUGAUCUCACUGGGAUUUGUGACUCCUAAACCUGACUUGAUCUCACAGCUAGAACGAGGAGAAGUGUCAUGGGUCCUGGAUCUCCAGGGCUCUGAGAAAAGGGACAUGCUGACAGGAACCUGCAUAGCAGGUGAUGGGACAAUGAAUGAGAACAAGGAGGAGAAUUCUCAGCAGGAAGGUCCUGAGCAAGUGGAACCCCAGGGGAUGUUAUCAGGAAGAUCGGAAGGGGAUGUUUCCCAGACUUCUGAGCAGGGAGAAGCCUGUCAGACACAGCUCAGGCCUCAGAGAAACCUCUCUGGGGAGACAAGGGGUAAAUCCAGUUACCGUGGGAGAAGUCUCAAAGGCAUCCCAAUCUGUCAGGCGACCCACUUGGGAAAGGGACCAAAGACACUUGGUGACUCAGGGGAAAGAUACAAUAGCAUCUCACACGUUAUUAGUCAGCAGAGAAUCUGCAGAGCAGGAAAAUCCAAGAAAUGCACUGACUGUGGAAAAAGUUUUGUUUAUAAAUCGGAACUUGAUAGACACAAUAGAAUCCACACAGGAGAUAAACCCUAUAAGUGCCUCAACUGUGGAAAAAGCUUCACUUUGAGCUCCACCUUGACAAAACAUCAGAAAACUCACACAGGGGAGAGACCCUAUAAGUGUCCUAACUGUGGGAAAAGCUUCCGUCAGAGUUCGCACCUUGCUAGACAUGAGGGAACCCACAGGGAAGAAAAGCCCUUUAAAUGCCCUGACUGUGCAAAGCAUUUCAGCUGCACCGCAAACCUUCUUACCCAUCAGAGAAUCCAUACGGGAGAGAAGCCCUACAAGUGUCAACACUGUGGGAAAAACUUCACACACCAUUCAUACCUUCUGGGCCAUCAGAGAAUCCACACAGGAGAGAAACCCUAUAAGUGUCGACACUGUGGGAAAAGCUUCACACACCGCUCAAACCUUAGUACGCAUCAGAGAAUCCACACAGGAGAGCGACCUUGCAAACCUAAGGACUGUGAGAAAAGCUUCAGUGUGAGCUCAGACGUGAUUGGCCCUGCAGAGGGGAUGGUGAAUGAGGAUGUGGAGGACAGUCCCCAGCAGAAUGUCCCUAAGGAGCUGGAGCUGCAGGGGCCUUGCCAGGGAGAAGGUUGUGGGACUGACAGCAGCUCAGAAAGGCAACAGAGAAAUUGCUCAGGAAAAAAAAAGGUUCAGUCCCUUUCAUGUGACAAAGGCUUCAAGGGUGAGAAUGUCCCCCAGAGCUACCCAACUGGAGAGAAUAUAUACUUGGAUACAGAGUGUGGGGAAGGCUCUGGUCUGCACUCAGGUCUGGGACAACGUCAGACAGCCCAAUGGGGAGACAAACCCCAUAAAUGUGCCGAGUGUGGGAAAUGCUUUUGUGGGAGCUCGAACCUGAUUACGCAUCAGAGAAUCCACACGGGAGAAAAACCUUAUCACUGCCCCAACUGCGGGAAAAGCUUCAGCGUGAAAUCAAACCUCACGACCCAUCAGAGAAUCCACACGGGAGAGAAACCCUAUAAGUGCUCUCACUGUGAUAAAAGGUUCAGCCAGAGCUCAGACCUCACUAAACACCAGCGAAUCCACACGGGGGAGAGACCCUACAGAUGUGAUGCAUGUGGGAAAAGCUUCAGUCGGAGCUCGCGGCUCCUGACGCACCAGAGAGUCCACACAGGAGUGAAACCUUAUAAAUGCCCUAAGUGUGGGAAAAGCUUCCGCGUGAGCUCCCAUCUCACUAAGCAUCGACGGACCCACACGGGAGAGAGGCCUUAUCUGUGCUCGGAAUGCGGGAAGAGCUUUAGUCAGAGCUCAGACCUCACUGCCCACCAGAGGACCCAUACAGGGCAGAGACCCUAUGGAUGCCCUGACUGCGGGAAAAGCUUCCGCCAGAGCUCACACCUCGUUAGACACCAGAGAACCCACACGGGCGAGAGGCCCUUCAGAUGCACUGAGUGCGGGAAAAGCUUCAGCGUGAGCUCAGAGCUCCUUGCCCACCAGCGAACUCACACAGGCGAGAGGCCCUUCACCUGCCCCAGCUGUGGGGAGAGCUUCGGCCGGAGCUCCACCCUGGUCCUACACCAGAGAAUCCACAGCCAGGAAAAGCCCUACAAAUGCCCCAACUGUGGUAAAGGCUUUGGCCGUAGGUCACUCCUCAUCCUGCACCAGAGGAUCCACCUGGGGGACAGACCCUACAGCUGUGGGGACUGCGGGGAGAACUUUAUUGACGGCUCCAACUUUAUGAAACACCAGAGAGCCCAUGUGGGAGAGAAGCCCUACAAAUGCCCCGAGUGCAGAAAAGGGUUUGUGCGCAGCUCAGAUCUCAUUAAACACCAGAGGAUCCACGCUGGGCACAAGCCGUUCACGUGCACUGAGUGCGGGAAGAGUUUCAGCGAGAGCUCCAACCUGCACAGGCACCGGAGGGCCCACACGGGUGACCGGCCCUACAAGUGCUCCAGCUGUGGGAAGAGCUUCGGCCAGAGCUCUGACCUCAUCAAACACCAGCGCACGCACAUGGGUGACCGGCCCUACAAAUGCACUGACUGCGGGAAAAGCUUCAGGCAGAGCUCGGACCUGGUCAAACACCAGAGGAUCCACAAUGGAGAGAAGCCCUACAAAUGCCCAGACUGUGGGAAAAGCUUUAGUGUGAGCUCAAGCCUUGCCUCACACCAGAGAAUCCAUGUCGCAGCGAAGCCCUACGAGUGCCCUGAGUGUGGGCAAAGCUUCAGCGUGAGAUCCACCCUGUCUACGCACCAGAGGAUCCACAGUGGAGAGAAGCCCUUCAAGUGCUCCGAUUGUGGGAAAGGUUUCGGCCGCAGCUCCAACCUGGUCAGGCACCAGCGGAUCCACACUGGGGACAGACCCUACCGGUGCUGGGACUGUGGGAAAAGCUUCACUCAGAGCUCGACCCUUAAUAGACACCGGAGAGUCCACAUGGGAGAGCGGCCUCUCCUGCCUGCUGCAUCAGAGUGAUGGACAAAGCCAAUGAUGUCUUGGCCAGCUGGCCAGAGGGUUAUUGGUACUCGGGGCCUGGCCAUACACCCCUCAUGGCUGUGCCCCUGGGCUGGCAUGACUGUGAAUGAUGAUUUUAUUAUCCAUAUAAAUGUCUAUCCUUUUCCUGAAUCCUAGUACACAUUCCUCACCUCAGUACUUUCUUGGGUCUUUUCCUGGAGGCCUGAGUUCCUUGUCUACACAGGAAAGUUAAGGUGUGAAUUUAAACUGAUCUAGUUAUCCCUGUUUAACCCCCCCAGCCCCACAUGGAAGCUUUUAUUCCAAUAUAAGGGUGGCCUUUUUCCAGUUUAGUUUACAACAUUUAGCCACAGGAAUUAAGCAAACUGAAUACGGCACUGUUAUGCUAGUAUAACUGGUAAAACUUUCCCCACACAGAGAAGACCUGGGGCUCUCUGGUUUCAGGAACUUUGUGGAGUAAGUCCCCCCACCCCCGUUUCAAACAGUGGAAAUGCAUGGAUGUCUUCUCAGUGAUCUCACAGGCUUCUUCAGGUCAGUUCAAAUCUUAACCCCUUCUUUUCUGCUUUCCCAAACAUCAGCGUUAGCUAGCCAGUGGUGGAAAUGUCUCAGACUUGGCUGAGUUCAUCACUGUACAGCAGCAUCAGCUACUUUCAGUGGUGGAAACAGUGCUGGGGAUGGUUCAGUGGUCCACGUUUGGUGGGGGUGGGGUGGGGGGGAAGCUGAUAGAAAGCGAGCUGAAAGGGGCUGUUCAGAUAAAAUACCCACAACAAACACUGAAAAAGGAUCUAGAUUCUGUUCUCAGUGAUGCUAGGGUGAAUACUGAGUGGCCCCACCAGACUCAGUGGAGUCACUCUGGAUCAACCCUGGUGUAGGAUAGAGUGGAAUCUGGCCAGAUGGGUACAUCUACAAAGUGGGAAAAAUAAAACCCAUGGCGGUGAGUUUACAAGCCCAGGUCUAUAGACUCAGGCUUGCAGGGCUCACACUAGGAAGCUGAAAAUAGCUGUGUCGAUGUUCUGGCUUGGGCUGGAGCAUGAGCUCUGAAACCCAGCCUGAGCUGGAAAGUCCACAUGGUAGCACGAGCCCCGCAAGCCCCAGUCUGUAGACCCAGGCUCUGAGACUCACUGGGAUAUUUUUGCUGUGUAGACAUACCCAUGGCAUUUAAUGGUUUGUUAUCUCCUCUUACUCUCUGCUAAGAACUGUGUUGUUACAGUGGGAGGAUGUGUACUCCACAAGUGUGUGUUUCCCCACUGGUUCCUAUAAGACUUCCUGUAUGAGUGGUGUUGCUUUCUGGGCAGAUUCAGUGAGCCAGGAAAUACAGCUGCAUUUUACCAGAGGAAUGAUUUUUUAAAGUGGAAAUUAAAAUAUAUUUCUGUGCAGAAUGUCUUCCCCCAAAUCAAGCCGGCAGUCUGGGGGACAUCAGCACGGCCAUUGAAGAAGCUGGAGAUGCAUUUGCCAUAAUCCCCGAUAUCACUUAUUUCACCUCAGUGCUGCUUUCACACUUGUCAUUUUGUUAAACGUCCUUUUUCUUUGAGUGCAUUUGUUAGAGUCCUGGUGUGGAUGCUGGUUUUGCUCACUGUUCAUGGAGGCCACUUUUGUUCACUGUUCAUGCUUCGUCUCAACAUAGAGCUAUGCUGAUUUAUACCAGCUGAGGUUCUGGCCCAAAGAGAGUACAGCUGGGAUGUUUUAAAGCUUAAAUUAAAAAAUAUAAAAAAGUUCUAUGAGGUCACAUCCAAGGUACCAAUGCAGCAUUGUUCUCUACUGUAUAUUUAUAAGACAUCAAUGCAAGAGAUGUCCUCUGUGUGUCAUGGAUCCACAGGGUCUGGUUUAUGUCUCAGCCUGUAACCCUGGGGAGUGACCUCGAUAGACUGCCAGGUCCCAAAGAGCCACACAAUUCCACAGAGUGCGGCCCAUGGCCUCCAAGACUGGGCUGGUGGCACCAGUGAUCCCGGUCUCUCUCCAUGGCUCCCUGCAGCAAGUCCAGCAGAGCCAGUCUCCUGUGAGAGGCUUGUCCUGUACUCCUCCAGAGCGCAAUGUUUCCUGUAAAGUAUUUGCAGCGACACCAGGAAGCCUUUUCAAAACAAGGUAACUAUCAGUCAGCUGGCUCACAGAAUCUGAAAGGCCGUAGGUUAGCAUAGAAAGAAAAAGAAGUGAAGACAGAAUUCGGUCUGGCCCACGUCAGGGGCAUCCUAGCUCUUAACACAGCCACCUGGCACUUUUCCCCUCCAAAGUUUGUCUGUCUCACCAACAGAAGUUGGUCUUUCUACUACCUCUCCUCUUUCUUCUCCAGCAGGGAAGCCAAGAAGUGUGGGAAAUCUCGUUCCUCUUGGCUGUUGGUUGCUAGGUGUUACUGUCCCCCUCACUGGGGUUUCCAUGGUCUCUUCCGAUCCACCAUUCACAUGUGUAGACUUUAUUUAGUUUGUUAGUGAUUCUGGUUUCCAGCCUGCCUGCUGAGUUAACAGCUCAUCCCUUUGCUUUACACUCAGGGCUUGUCUACACGUAAAAUGCUGCCGUGUGGCUUGCACCACUGUAGUGCUUCAGUGAAGACACUACCUAUGCUGACGAGGGGGCUUCUCCCUCAGCGUAGGUAUGCUUCCUCCCUGAGAGGCAGUAGCUACGUGAAUGGGAGAAUUCUGUUGACCUAGCACUGUUUACACACUGGGGGUCAGGUCGGUUUAACUGCAUGUUCACAGGUGUAGAUUUUCACACAAUCCUUAGUAAUGUAGUUCUACUAUGGCAAUGCAAAGCCCAGAGGAAACUGAGGCACACACAGGCAUCAUACAAAGCCCCCACAUUCAUCAUAUUACAGAAGUCAUGUACAGACGAGCAUGCCCUUUCCCUAACCCCACAGUAAACCCUACUUAGACAGUGUACUACAGAUGGUAUGUAAGAGCACAGAGUAGGAGUAAAAAAUUGAUGGCCUAUAUAGACUGCCAAAAUUCACACCUCACUGAGCUUCAUAGUUAUCCUGUUCCCUGAAUUACACCUAAGGAAGGCUGCACAGUUGGGUGAAAGGAAAACAUACAGUGGAUGGAUUCUAUUAAAAUGAGUGAACUACACCCCAAAGGGAGUAGAGAAGUUGCAUAAAAAACCAAAGGCCAACAUUUUCAGACUUAGACUCAGGGUUUGUAAAGCCAUUCAGGUGCUUAAACUUAAGAGUGGGGUUGCUUUUUACCCUUUUGCUGAAUAGAUUUUGGGAGGAACUUUAUUUUCCAGCCCAGAGGCUUGCCUCCCCUGGCUCCAUGCAGCCUAGUUGAGCUGUGUGCCUGGAUACGGUCCUUUUUUUACUUGCUCUUUCCUCUCUGACACCGUGUUCUCUUCCA